AUGGUCGCUAUCCUGGCCAACCCCAAGUGGAGCGAGGACCUCACCAUUCAGAUGAUAAUCGAGUACGAGAAGCGCGAAUACCUCUGGAACCCGGUGUCGGAGCACUACAAAAAUAAGAAAAUAAGAGAGCAAGGAUACAUUGAGAUAAUAAAUGCGUUAAGUUUGGUCGACGUCACAGUUAAAGAAUUGAAAAAUAAAAUAAAAAAUAUACGGUCGUCGUACAGCGUCGAAUUGAAGAAGAUUCGCGCGGCGAGGAAGGCUGGCGCGCAUGCGUAUCGUCCAAGCGUCACGUGGUUCGAACACGCAGACAGGUUUCUACGAGCGAUCGUCACACCAAGCUCGGUGGACAACUCUUUGCUGGAGAUACCGGUUAGCGACGACAGUGACGCGGUUCAGGACCUGAGCGAGCGUAAAUCACCGGAAAAGAAAAGCCCGCGAAAGCGUCGCAGCUCAACACGUUCGUCCACUCCGUACGUGCUCAACACGCCAUCCCCGCGUCCCGGGACCCCGUUCGGCUUGAAUCAAGGGACGUUUGGGAUACUCCCACCGGUUACGUCCGCUUCAUUUCUCAAUCCCCCUGUAGGGAUCGCCACGCCGCUAACUACCUCACUUGCAACUAUUUACCCGGUGCCCACGAAACAAAAAAAGAGCAGUUCCGAUAGCGGGGAUCACACGGAUCUACCCCAGGAUCUAAGUCAACAUUCGGAGAAUGGAAAUGAGAACGAGUUCGAAAUGUUUGGGAAAUUAAUUGCAAGUCAACUGCGUAAGUUGCCCCUGAGUUUGGCGUUAGACACGCAGCUUAAAAUACAGACAUUAGUCAACGCUGCACGCAUUCAAGCGGUCUACCAGCAAUAUAGUUACGCUGGCCCAUCUCAGGAAGCUCUGUCUGUUCAAGCUUUGUCCAACGGGAUCCUUGCCAGUAUGGCAACCCAGAGUUCAUACGCCUCUCGUUCUUUGGGUUUGAGAAAUGAUUCCCCGGAAGACAUGAACAGGGAUUUAAAGACAGAGUAUUCUUUGGGUUCAGAAACAGAAGACUAA